AUGGCUUCGCCGGCGAAGAGAUGGCCCUCGAGAGAAGGAUUCACGGCGGACGUCGUAUCCAACAUCCUCCACCACACCGUCCUCAGUCCCUGGAAAAUCCUCCCCAUCCUAGCCCUAGCCCAAUACACCACCAAAGGCCGCGAACUCCUCGAAUCCCGCCCGCACCUCCUCAAAGCCCUCAAAGCCCUCGCCUCCAUCGCUCUCAUAAACCGCCUAACAAGCUGGCUCGACAACCGGUCCAUUAACAACAGCGUCAACGACCACUACGACUGGAACCGCGAAAUCGUCGUCCUGACCGGUGGCAGCGGCGGCAUCGGCCAACGCAUCGCGUCCCUCCUCGGUUCAAAGGGAAUAAAAGUCGCAAUCCUAGAUAUCACACCCCCAACAAACCCACUCCCAAAUAGCGUCCGUUUCUACGAAUGCAAUAUCACCUCACCCCCUGCCAUCGCCGAAGCGGCGGCUAAAAUCCGAGCGUCCUUCGGUCGUCCAACGAUCCUGAUUAACAACGCCGGCAUCCUCACCGGAAAAACCAUCCUAGGAACAACCGAGGAAAUAACCCGCCGCAUGUUCGACGUAAACACCCUAGCACACUACUGGCUCGCGCAAGAAUUCCUGCCAGACAUGAUCUCCUCCAACCACGGCAUGAUCGUGACAGUGGCCUCGCAGGCCGGAUACACCGUCACGCCCAAUAUGGUGGAUUACUCCGCGAGCAAGGCGGCGGCAAUCGCGUUCCACGAGGGUCUUGCUGCGGAGUUGGUGACGAGGUAUUCGGCGCCAAGGGUACGGACUGUGCUUGUUACGCAGGGAUUUACGAGGACGGCGCUGAUUGCCAAUUUGACGCCUGAGAAUACGUUUUUGAAUCCGCUUUUGUAUCCGGAGACGGUGGCGGAGAGGAUUGUUGAGCAGGUUUUGAGUGGGCGGAGUGGGCAUGUGCUUGUUCCUGGGGCGGCGGGGAGUAUUGCGCAGAGGUUGAGGGGGUAUCCGCUUUGGUUUCAGCAUUCAUUGAGGUGUCGGUUGGAGAGGUUGAUGAGGGCGGAGUAG